AUGGAGAGGAAACGCAAGCUGCCGCCCAGGGCCGCUGCUCGCCAGGAGCAGGCGGCCAAGCGGAGGAAUGUCGAGACUCGUGGCCAAUCGUCAACUCCAGCCGUCGUUGAGACGCCUCCUCGCGAGCCGACACCGCCUCCUCGCCUUCCGACGCCGCCGCCUCCACUGCCGAAGCAUGUCGAAGCAGGAAAGCCUCUUCCCACCGUAGAAGAGCCUCAGGCUGCGGACCUGUCAAGCAAAGAAUAUCAGUCGCUUUCUGAAAGCGGAGUCAUGUCUGAGUCGCUGUCGAGGUCGCGCCACAAAUGGUUAAGCGACGGAUUGUUUGAAAAGUUUUGGACGAAACCUCACAAGCGCAAGGGCAUGCUGCAGGAGGACCCCAACAACCCUCCGAAAGACAGCAUGAUGAAGGUCGGCCUCGUCAACAUGACCAUUGGUCCUCAUAUCGUCGAAGCAACCAUGUUUGCCGUCAAGACGUUUAAACUGCUUCCCCAUCAACAGCUGAAAUUUCACCCCAAACCACAGCCGCUGCAACAACCACCUGGCCAGGCUCAAACAGCGUCAGCUGCCCAAGGGCCACCAGAGACGGCGCAGGAGACGGCGCAGGCGCCAGCUCAGGCGCCAGCACAGGCGGCGCGGGCCAGUGCUUCAGUAUGGACCGCCCAACGGAGCGAUGCCUCCCCCAUCAACUCAGUCUGCGCCAACUGCUACCUGUACACCUGCGAUCCCUGUUGCGGCACCGGCACCGGCACCGGCACCGGCACCGGCACCGGACACUUCACAGCCAACAUCAACAGAAGCCAAACCGGCACACCUGGAGCUAGCCCUGCCGUGAGCGUCGCUUCCGCAAAGGCAAUGACCUCACCCAGCCCUGCAUUUACAGUCAAAGCUCAGCCGUCGCCGUCGCCAUCACCUGCACCUGCACCUCCAGCUCAAACGCAACCGCAGCCACAGCAUCUACAACCCAAGGCCUUGUCAAGUGCGACCCCCAGAGCAGUACAGCCUGCUCCAGACCCGGUCACCAGCACCUCAAAUCCCCAAAGGGCUGCUUCUCCCGCUCAUCCCGCUCUUCAGCCAACUGCAGUGACACAGCUCGUCGCACGUCCCCCGUCGAAUCUGCCACUGAAGCCGGGUUCUGUUCCUGUUUCGACGGGCACUCCACCCCAAAAGACAAAUUUUCGUCCGCCAAGUGCGCCAAAUCCAUGCCCGCCAUCCCGGGUGAACAAGGCGGGUGCACCUUCGGUGCCUGCUGCGAAACCUGCUGCGAACGAUCCAGUUAUUGCACUUCUCGCCCAAAAGGCAUCAAGAGACCCGGAACUACGUGAAUUGAUGAAGCGGGUAGCCGAAGGAAAAGCCAAGGAGGGGGAGCUGGCCAAGUUUCAAAAGAUUAUCGACCAGCUGAAUGCCGAGUAUAAGCAAAAAGGUGGCCAACAAGGACUAUCGGCUGACCGGCUUCUGGUGGACGGGCGGACGGUGAAGUAUUUUGCCGACGAGGUACGAACGAUACUGGAUAUUGUCCUGGCGUCGAACCCCAACCAAAAGUCAUCAGAGCUGCGACCACCACCGCGCAGUGAUCCUUUGGUGGUGCUUUUGGUCAAAACAGCCCUCGAGGAUCGACGAAGUCAAGACAUGAUCCGACGCAUUGCUGAGGGGAAGCAUGGAGCCACAGACGCCACUGAUCUGAAGCAAAUCCUGGACAGGCUACACCGAGACGCAAAAACAACACCCAAGACGCCAGCACCAGGCCCUUUGCCGGCGACACGUCGGCAAGCUACGCACGGCCACUCCGGAGUCGCCGCCGCCCCCCCAGCCAAGCCAAACGCGUCACAGAAUGCUCCCAACGGCAAUCCGCAAGCCCUGAGAUCAAAGGGGCCACCACCGGCGGCCAACCGACCCGACAUUUCGGCCGUGGCUUUCGACUUUGGAUCUGGUGAUAGGUACUUGUUUCCCAAGUACAGUGUUCUCGAAUUUCUGCCGUCACAGGCCGGGCAGCAAGUCGUGGCAUCGUUUCUGAUUGUCCGAAAAGGAAGCAUUUCAGAGUAUGGAGGAGACCCCAAGCUGGACUACUAUCAGCCUGUCACGAUCCGCCUGCAGACCAACACUGGGCGACAUCUGGAGAACCUCGCAAGGGUGGUGGCGCCGCAGGAAGAGGUCCGGCGCUACAUGAAUGAUGUAAUGGACAAUAUGACGCGGGCGGAAUACGUUUUGCUCGCCAUGAGACUGCCACGCGUCGACUUUGAUCCUGAAAAGGCUGUCCCUGGCGUUGAUGACUGCAAGGCGAACAGUCCGACUCCCAAAUCGGAGCCGGAAACCGAGCAAAGCUGUACACCUAAGCCAGGUGUUUUAUGGACGACGGGGCCUGGCGGCAAAGACGCAAACCCAUCACUGUCUGUCAAGUUCCAGGAUCCGGAGCAGGAGGCGCAGACCAAGUAUGAGCGACUGAUUCGAUCCGUGGCAGAGAAGGAAGUCGACAGCGUAUGA